GCCUCCUGCCUCCCACGUGGGGGAGGGGGUGCUGCCUUCCAAGGGUGAGCCUUCAGCUGGGGCUUCUGCAUUGAAGGACAAAAGGCAGACGAGCGGGCGAGGAGGAGGAGGGGAAGCAAAGCCUGGAGACUGGGAAAAUGGGAGCGGGGAGAUGGGGGGGUCCCCUGGGUGGGGGUGGGGGGGCGGAGGGAUCCUGCAGUGGGGGUGGGGGUUGAAAAUGCGUAUGUGCCUUUGCAGGUUAGGAUUUGUGGGCUGUUUCUGUCACUAACCCUGCACCCAUCUCUAGCUGCUCAUUUUCCUCUCGCAGGCUCCCAAAUCAGGUUUCUCUGUGUUUUUCUUCUUUUUUUAGCGCAGCAGGCAGAUGUUCAGCAGGUGAAGCGCAGAGAUGUUACUAGUUGAUCCUCACCGAAAGGGGUGUAGCUCAGGGGUAGAGCAUCUGUAUUGCGUGCAGGAGGUGCCAGAUUCAGUCCCCAGCAUCUCCAGGUAGGGUUGUCCCUUGCCCCCAAACCCUCCAGAGCUGCUGCCAGUCAGUGUAGACCGUAUUUAGCUUGAUGGGCCAGUGGCCUACCUCCCUAGAAGGUACCUUCUCAAGGAAAGGGAGAUUCCUGGGUCUUUUAGCCGUUUGUCGUUCCUUGGGGACACGUUGCAAAGGAACAAAGGAAGCUGCUUAUACCAAGUUGCUCCAUCUGCCUGAGACUUGCCUACACUGACUGGCAGCAGCUCUCCCAUGGUGCCAUUUCUAGUCUUGCUCAAGGCAGAUCCACUAAAGUGAGCAGACAUGACUAAUCUAGGUUCAUUCAUUUGAGUGGAUCUAUUACGAGUAGAGCUUAGUUUGAUGCAUUCCAGGGUCUCAGGCAGGGCACACCCUCUCCCAGCCCUACCUGGGACCUUCUGCAUGCAGAACAGCUGUCCUGCCUCUGAGCUAUUUACGCCCUUCCCCUUUUAGCUGGAUCAGUUUUGUUUUGAGGGUUCGAUUGCUGUUGGCUUUUAUGUUUUGCUUUUUUAUAUAUUUGGUGGCUGCGGUUAACCUUGAGGAAGAGAGGAAGCUGCCUUUUUCUGAAUCAGGCCAUUGGUCCUUGUAGCUCCCAUUUCAAUCAGUGUUUUAAGUUGCUUUGGGUUGCCCUGGGCAAGAUGAAGCAACUGACAAAUUUAAUAAAUCAAUAAAAAGAAAUAGCUUGGUAUUGACUGCAGUGAGCAGGGAAACAGGAGGCAUCAUAAGAUAGCAUUUAAUGCUGGUGCUGCACAUGGAGACCCAUAGGUCACAUGCCAAGCAAGCACUGCCCUCCCGCAAGCUGUGCUGGUUCCGUUCAGCCCCUUCUGCGUAACUGCAACAGGGAACCCACAGUCACUUUUACCUUUAAAGCCCUAUACGGCCUAGGACCCUCGUACCUACGGGACCGCCUCUCCUGGUAUGCCCCACAGAGGAACCUACGGUCUUCAAAUAAAAACAUCCUGAAGGUUGCAGGCCACAAAGAUGUUAGGCUGGCCUCAACUAGAGCCAGGGCUUUCUCGGCUGCGGCUCCAAUCUGGUGGAACGCUCUGUCACAAGAGACUAGGGCCCUGCGGGACUUGACAUCUUUCCGCAGGGCCUGCAAGACAGAGCUGUUCCACCAGGCCUUUGGUUAGGGCGCAGCCUGACUCCCUCCUCUGGCAACCUGCACAGAAUUUUGCUUAACGGUUGCCAUCAAUUUGAUUUUAAUUAAUUUUUAUAAUUGAAAUGUUUUUAGAAUGUUGGAUUAUUUGAUUGUUUGAUUAUUUGAUUGUUGUUAGCCGCCCUGAGCCCGGCUUCGGCUGGGGAGGGCAGGAUAUAAAUAAAAUUUAUUAUUAUUAUUAUUAUUAUUACAUCUGAUUGCCCAGUGAUCUGGAUGGGGAGCUGCACCUGUUGAACCCACCGUGUGUGAGGCUGUUAGUAACACAGGGGCAUUGCCAGAGAAUAGAAAUGCUGGUAGCUUCCUUGCGGUCUCCGUGUACCACAACUUAAGAGACCGCCUUAUCCCUUCUGUACCCAGCACAUUGCUGCAGUCUGGAGAAAAAAUCACUGCAAGUUCCAAAGAUCUCAGAAGCCCACUGUCCAUAAGCUCAGAGCAGGGCCUGUAGUGUGGCUGCCCCUGUUCUGUGGAAUAGCAUCUCUGUCAAUCUGCACUUUGGGCAACCGUGGAAGACAUUUUUAUUCCAACAGGUUUUCCCAGCUGGAUAAAGGGAGUCUUUACCACAAGUGUCUUCUUUGCUAGGGAUUUUAGUCUUGUUAUAAACCUAUUUGUUACCUUCGUCUGUUUUUAACUGCUUUUAAUUACCUUAUACAGUGGUACCUCAGGUUAAGAACUUAAGUCUUUCUGGAGGUCUUUUCUUAACCUGAAACUGUUCUUAACCUGGAGCACCACUUUAGCUAAUGGGGCCUCCUGCUGACGCUGCGCCGUGGCUGCACAAUUUCUGUUCUCAUCCUGAAGCAAAGUUCUUAACCCGAGGUAAUAUUUCAGGGUUAGCGGAGUCUGUAACCUGAAACGUAUGUAACCUGAAGUACCACUGUAUAUAAAUCACCAUGAGAGAGGGUGGUUCAGAAGGCGAUGAAUAAGUGUCAAUAAUAUUAGUUAGCAACUCAAAGCUCUUCCUUAAAUUAAAUCUCUUUUUCAAGGUGGACAGGGUUUUAGAUCGCCGUGAUAAUCUAACAGGAAAGUCUCUGUCUGAAAUUGCAUUCAUUGCAGGGGGUUGGACUCGAUGACUCUGGGUCCUCUCCAACUCUGUAAUUUUAUUAUUCAUUGAUGCUGGAGAAGGAGGAACGGUUAGAGAUUCUGCCCUGCAUGCAGAAGGUUCCAGGUUAAAUCCCUGGCACGUCCAAGUACGGCUGGGAAGGCCUCACCUGAAACGCAGGAGAGCUGCUGCCAUAGUGCAAUAGUAUAUAAAGCAGCUUCCUAUAUCCAGCUCCAUUAGGCUUUUUAUUGUUGAGUUAAAGGGACCCCAACGGUCAUCUAGCCAAUCCCCCAGCAACGCAGGAACCACAGCUAAAGGAUCCCUGACAAAUGGCCCUCCAACCCCUGCUUUAAAGAGAGCCUGCUGCCUUCUGAGGUAGUCAGGCUGCCCACGGUAGGAAACCAAGAACCGGGCUCAGCUAGGCCUGAUCUGGAGAGGUGAUUUUGUUGUGUUCUUAACAUUUCUAGGCCAAGAGAGGGAGAAGAUGGCCACCGUGGGAAGUGGCUCCGCCAUGUCCUUAGCCCUUCCCUACCAGCCAGUGCUUGAGCAAGGGCCUCGGCCCGGAGAGAGAACAGGCGAGGAGGAAGACGACACAGCAGGCCCCAAACCCGACAGGGACGUCAACAAAAGAGCCAGGAAAACCGUUCCGGCCAGCAUGGCAGCGGAGCUCCUGCGAUGGCCAGCCUCACAGCAAGUGAAGCAGGAGCCAGGCGACGGGAUCCCACAGGGCUGGGACGGUCCCUGGCAGGAGUUCCUGAAGGCAGUUCAGUCCCCGCACCCGGGCUGGGGCAACCCGCAGCUGCCUGCGACGUGGGAGGAGAGCAGCAAGGCCUUUGAGGGAGCCGCCGACGCCUGGAUGUGGCCCCGAGGGGACUGGGCGGCCCGGCCCUUCUCGGGAGAGCCGCAGCCAGCCCCCCAACACCCUCCGGAAGGCAGAGAGAGGGGCGACGGCGCCAGCGGGAAGUUAAAGGCUGAGAGCUCGAGGCCGGGCCUGGUCAGCGCCGAGUCCCAGCGCCGGCGCUUCCGGCAGUUUGGCUACCGGGAGGCCGAGGGGCCCCGCGAGGUCUGCGUCCGGCUGCGGGAACUGUGCCGCCAGUGGCUGGAGCCCGAGCGGCACACCAAAGAGCAGAUCCUGGAGCUGCUGAUCCUGGAGCAGUUCCUGACCAUCCUGCCACCCGAGAUCCAGAGCUGGGUGAGGGAAUGGGGGCCGGAGACCUGCGCCCAGGCGGUGGCCCUGGCCGAGGGCUUCCUGAGGAGGCCCCGGGAGCCCAAGAGGUGGGAGCAGCAGGUGAGGCAGCUCUCCGCCCCUCGGGACUUUGGAGGGUGGCAGAAGCAGGGCCCCUAACCGCAGCGGGGAGAGAGCAUUGCCAUUGUGGCUCAUAGUAGCCAUCAACAGCAUCUCCUCUCUCAAUCUGCCGAAUCCUAUUUUAAGUCUGUCUACAUCCUAACACAUACCGUAGAUUCCAGCGUAUUUGUUGUUUAGUCGUUUAGUCGUGUCCGACUCUUUGUGACCCCCUGGACCAGAGUACGCCAGGCACUCCUGUCUUCCACUGCCUCCUGCAGUUUGGUCAAACUCAUGUUUGUAGCUUCGAGAACACUGUCCAACCAUCUCGUCCUCUGUCGUCCCCUUCUCCUUGUGCCCUCCAUCUUUCCCAACAUCAGGGUCUUUUCCAGGGAGUCUUCUCUUCUCAUGAGGUGGCCAAAGUAUUGGAGCCUCAGCUUCAGGAUCUGUCCUUCCAGUGAGCACUCAGGGUUGAUUUCCUUCAGAAUGGAGAGGUUUGAUCUUCUUGCAGUCCAUGGGACUCUCAAGAGUCUCCUCCAGCACCAUAAUUCAAAAGCAUCAAUUCUUCGUCGAUCAGCCUUCUUUAUGGUCCAGCUCUCACUUCCAUACAUCACUACUGGGAAAACCAUAGCUUUAACUAUACGGACCUUUUCCAGCGUAUAAGAUGACUUUUUAACCCCGGAAAAUCCUCCAAAAAGUUGGGGGUCGUCUUAUACGCCGGGUAUGGGUUCGCUGGGCAGCGGCAGUGGGCAACGGGUUCCGCGCCAGGAGGAAGCCGCCCAGUGAAGCCAGCUUAGCAUCGCUGGGCAGCUUCACCAGGCAGCUUCCUCCCAGCGCGGAGCCCGCCACCCACUGCCGCUGCCCAGCGAAACUGCCACGUAUAACACUGGGCAUAUAAAUCAACCCCCCAAAUUGGCAGCUGACAAUUUGGGGGGUCGUCUUAUACGCCCAGUCGCCUAAUAUGCCGGAAUCUAUGGUGCAUAGUGCUGAAAGGUAAGUCAGGUCACAUGCAGUCCAUAUGAGAUUCUAACAUAACAUUUAGUGAAUUUUCUGAUGUUGACCAUCCUUUUGAAGCAGAAAGCAGUGCGUCUGUAGAAAGGAGUGACUGAAGGUUUGGGUUGCUGCUCUCUGCUUCUGUCAGUUUUUCAGUGUUGUCCUCCCAAUUAAUUUGGAAUCUUGUGACCCUGGGGUUAGAUGCCAAAAUAUUCCUCUGGAGCUUAGAAAAAUCUGGUUUUACCGGAGGAUUUUCUCUCAGUUCUGUUUCAGUAUAUUCACUGUUCACAUAAUAGCCAACUCUAAUAAAUUCUUGACCUCUGUAGGUGCAGGUGAUUAACACAACUGUGACUCCUACAGCAUCCGCAUCCGGAAUUAGUCCUGGAUUAGGAGCAUCUGCCUGAAAUAUAAACAUGUGUCUUCCUGCAGGAACAGGGCCCAACAGAGGUCAAGAAUUUAUUAGAGUUGCAGCAACCCAAACCUUCAGUCACUCCUUUCUACAGAUGCACUGCCUUCUGCUUCAAUAGUCAACAUCAGAUGGUCAACAUCAGAAAAUUCACUAAAUGUUGUUAGAAUCUCAUGUGGACUACAUGUGACCUGACUUACCUUUCAGCGCUAUGUAUGUGUUCGGUUGUAGACAGACAGCACAGAGACACACAUACACACACACACCAUCACCAGAAACAAUUUCCCGGGAAUUACACAUUCAACAUGUGAAGAAUUUGUUUUAGAAUCCUAUUUUAAGGCCGGUCAAGUUGGUGGCCGCUCCUCCUCCUUGUGGCAGAGAGUUCCGCAGUUUAACUCUGCUCUCUUGUGUGAAGAAACCUUUCCUUUAGUCUGCCUUGCGUCUUCCGCAAACCUUCUUUGUUCUCCCUUGUGGUUCUAGAUCUCAAAGCCUUUUCAGGAAAUGCCCAAGGCGGAGCAGGCAUCAGACGUGGGGCUGUGGCAGCUGUACAGGGAGGCAAAGCAGGACAGCGACGGCAGCUCAAUGGGUAAGUAUUCCUCAUCCCUGUGCAGGGGGUGUGGCCUCGAGAAGGUUCUGAGGGCCAGUUAAAGGUGCGCAGAGGGCCACAUUUCCCACCCCUGCUCUUUUGGUGAGUUAUGAAGCCUUCUUAAAAAAAAAAUGCCUUGCUUUUAAUUUGCAAUGGUAUUUCUCUUUUACUGAUCACAUUCUAACUGUUUUAUUAUAUUCUCUUGUUUUUGUGGUAUUUUACUCUUCUUGGGAACCCCUGCAGGGUGUUAGUUUUUCAUCGCCUGAAGUUAAAAAACCCCCACAGCAUAUCAAAGCUAUCAUAAAUAAAUAUAACAGGGUACUCUGACAAAACACGGCCUAGACCUUUGCCCAGUUUCAUUAUUAUUAUUAUUAUUAUUAUUAUUAUUAUUACUACUACUACUACUACUAUUAUUAAAUUUAUAUACUGCCCUGCAUCUGAAGAUCACAGGGUGGCUGACUUCCGAAAGCAUAGGGUGGGUGAUAUGAAUGGGGAAGCAACUUACAACCAGAACCCUCUCCAUAUUUUGCUAGGUUGUUGUUGUUUAGUCGUUUAGUCGUGUCCGACUCUUCGUGACCCCCUGGACCAGAGCACGCCAGGCACUCCUGUCUUCCACUGCCUCCCGCAGUUUGGUCAGACUCAUGUUUGUAGCUUCGAGAACACUGUCCAGCCAUCUCGUCCUCUGUCGUCCCCUUCUCCUUGUGCCCUCCAUCUUUCCCAACAUCAGGGUCUUUUCCAGGGAGUCUUCUCUUCUCAUGAGGUGGCCAAAGUCUUGGAGCCUCAGCUUCAGGAUCUGUCCUUCCAGUGAGCACUCAGGGCUGAUCUCCUUAAGAAUGGAGAGGUUUGAUCUUCUUGGAGUCCAUGGGACUCUCAAGAGUCUCCUCCAGCACCAUGACUCUUAAAGACAGUAUGUGUCAGUGAAUGCCAGUUUCUGGUCAUCACAAAGGAGAGCAGCUAUUGCAGUCUUACCUUAAGAUUAUAAAACGACAGUGGCCCAUCUAGUGCAGCGUAAUCUCACCACCAGAUGACCCAAUGGGAAACGCACGUGUGGGACCCAUGCACAAGAGCCCUCUCUCAUGAUGUUUAGAAGCGUUACUGCCUCCAACCAUUACUGCCUCCAAGCUAUUGAUAGCCUUAUUGUUCUCCAUGAAUUUCUCUUAAAUAAUAAUAAUAAUAAUAAUAAUAAUAAUAAUAAUUUGUUAUUUAUACCCCAGCCACUCAGAGCGGCUCUGAACAGAAUAUAAAAACACAAUAAAACAUCAAACAUUAAGAACUUCCCUAAACAGCGCUGCCUUCAGAUGUCUUCUAAAAGUCAGAUAGUUGUUUAUUUCCUUGACAUCUGAUGGGAGGGUAUUCCACAGGGUGGGCGCCACUACCGAGAAGGCCCUCUGCCUGGUUCCCUGUAACCUCACUUCUUGCAGGGAGGGAACCGUCAGAAGGCCCUCAGAGUUGGACCUCAGUAUCCGGCCUUAACAAUGAGGGUGGAGAGAAAUAAAAUACAUUUUAUUUCUACUAUAUAUUUUGGAAGGUUGUUUAUCCUCCACUGAACUGGAGACAUUUGGAUAUCACAGCCAAAUUCUGCCCAAAAUUCUGAAUUUUUUUGAAAAAGAGCAGGGUGUUGUGUAUGGAUACCACUGGAUGCCAUUUUGAAUCAAGAUGGCAGGCUGAACCUUUCAAAAAUGAAGACGCUCCUUCAGGUAUACCAGGGCAAGGCCAUUUAAGGCUUUAAAAGCAAGCACCAACAUUUUGAAUUGUGCUCAGAAAUGUAGUGGGAGCCAAUGUAGGUCUUUCAAGGACUGGUGUUACAGUAUAUGGUCUUGGCGGCCACUCCCAGUCACCAGUCUGGCUGCCACAUUCUGGAUUAGUUGUAGUUUCCGGGUCACCUUCAAAGGUAGCCCAACGUAAAGCACAUUGCAGUAGUCCAAGCGGGAGAUAGCCAGAGCAUGCACCACUCUGGCGAGACAGUCUGCGGACAGGUAGGGUAUUAGCCUGCGUACCAGAUGGAGCUGGUAGACAGCUGCCCUGGACACAGAACUGACCUGUGCCUCCAUGGACAGCUGUGAGUCCAAAAUCACUCCCAGGCUGUGCACCUGGUCCUUCAGAGCACAGUUACCCCAUUCAGGACCAGGCUUCUAAAGUCAUCUGAGUUGGUGGUCACACUUCCUCCUGUGAGACCAAGUUCCAAAGAUGAACUGUGUGCCGCGUGGAGAAGUUAUUUUAUCUGUCCUGCAUCUGUGAACAUUUAUGCUGGAUGAGAUGGGUCGUUGGCUUGGCCCAGCAGCCCAGUCUCUCCUUACGUUGUACAGUGGUACCUUGAGUUACAGAUGCUUCAGGUUACAGACGUUUCAGGUUACAGACUCCACUAACCCAGAAAUAGUACUUCAGGUUAAGAACUUUGCUUCGGGAUGAGAACAGAAAUUGUGCUCCAGCGGUGUGGUGGCAGUGGAAGGCCCCAUUAGCUAAAGUGCUACCUCAGGUUAAGAACAGUUUCAGGUUAAGAACGGAUUUCCGGAAUGAAUUAAGUUCUUAACCUGAGGUACCACUAUAAAGAAAUCGGUUCAUCAUUCAGUUCUCUUAUUUGCAAGGAAUGACCAAUGUGUCUCUCCCUUCUCUUAAUUCCCAGCAGGCGAUGGGUGGGCAAGCGAGAAUGAAGAAGAGAAACCUCGGAUGAGAUGUUCCGAGAAAACUGGGCCUUCCGGGUCGUACGGAGAGAACCCUUUCCUAUGUCCUGAGCAGUUGGGCUCCUUUGAAAACCAACACAAAUCAGAGAAUCCACACGACAUCCCCUUGGGAGACGGGGAGUGCAAACCGGUGGCCUGUCCAGGAGUCGUCCCGAAACUCAGCGACCUGGGGGCUCAAGAGAGGAUCCACAAGGACCGGAGGAGGAAAGUGUGCACCGAGUGCGGGAAAGCGUUUGGCCGGAGCUCUGACCUUCUUAAACACCGGAGAACCCACACAGGGGAAAAACCCUUCCAGUGCCUCCACUGCGGGAGAAGCUUCAGCGACCGCUCCAACCUCAUCGCACACCGGAGAAUCCACUCAGAGAAGAAGCUGUACCAGUGCUUGGAUUGCGGCAAGAGCUUCUGCCAGAACUCGUACCUGGUCCGCCACCGGAGGACCCACACGGGCGAGAAGCCCUACAAGUGCUCGUACUGCGGCAAAGGGUUCAGCGACAGCUCGAACCUGGUGGUGCACAAGAGGACCCAUACGGCCAGCGACAAGCCCUACCGCUGUCCGGAUUGCGGGCGGAAGUUCAGUGAGCCCUCGCUCCUAGGCCGCCACCAGCGGAUGCACGCCAAGGAGAGGCCCUACAACUGCUCGGACUGCGGGAAGACGUUCCGCCACCGCUCGGAUCUGGUCCGCCACCGGAGGACCCACACGGGGGAGAAGCCCUUCAAGUGCCUGGACUGCGGCAAGGGCUUCAGCCAGAGGUCUCACUGCAGCACCCACGAGAGGCGGCACACGAGGCAGAAACUGUACCCGCAGCACUUAGAGGGUGGGAAAGGCUUCAGCCCGGCCGAGAUCGGACUUCCCGCGAAGGAGGAAGCGGUGGAAGCGGCUCAGAGGAUCGCUACCCAGAAGGACAUGAGGGUGGGGCAUAUGUGUGUCCUUCUCCACACCGAGUGGGGCUACUUAUAGCGCGAGGUAAUUUGACACGAUGGGACUUUCCGGUUUUUGUUUUGUAAAUGGCAAAGUGCAUUACUUCAAAAUGUGGCAAGCCAGUCCUGCUGUUUUUGAAGGCCUUCUCCUCUGCUCCUUGUGCUGAGUAGACCCUGGACCUCUGCCCUGACAGCACCCCUGGCUUACAGCCCGCCUUGUCUGUAAAAGCCCGUUCGCUUGUAAAAGCCCGUUCUUAACACGCCCCAAACGACUAGUGUGGACGUUUUACAAAAACGGCUUUUCGCUGCCAUUUUCCACAAGUGACUAACUUAGCCCGUCUCCCGAGUAUAGUUAUUACUUUGUGUUUGUGGACUACUAACUUUUGCCCAAUGCAUCUGCCGAAAUUGGCAUCUGACAAAGAAUUCCGCCUCCUGUUGAUGAGUUUGGCUUUUUUUAAAAAAAUCAAAGCAAGUUUCUAAUCCUCAUUUGUGCCAAGAUAGGUUUGAAAGUUUAUAUGCGUACACAUGAUAUUUGGAGGUGUCUCGGAAGCCAAAAGAGGGGGUCGAGCGAGUGGGGCUUGAGUGGGAUUCACAGCACUGGCUCUCUCCCCCCACCCUUCUCCCCAUGUCCAAAACAGACUAAAGAGCCACUGGAAUUCUGGGAAAGUUCCCCAGGCACCAAUCAGCUUCCGUGUGAGGGGUUACUCUUGCUCAUGUUGCUUGUGCUGAACUUCUUAUAGUCUGAGCAAGGAAUCUUUCAUGGGGGUGGGGAGAAGUGUCCUUUGGAAAUGGGACUUUACGGAAAGGCAGUGGAUUUUUUACAAGGUGGGGUAGGUAGAAUGCCUUCUUGUGACCAACCGCCCAUCCUGUCUUGGUGGCGGUGGCUGCAAAAUAAAUCCUGAACGAAGUAAACAUUCACGUGAGG